AAGUGACGCCCCCUGCAGCUCGGUGGAGACUUUAGCUGGGUGAGCGAGUGCUUGCGGGCGAUGGAGAACGGAGCGGUGUACAGUCCCACCACCGAGGCGGCCCCGGGCCCUGGCAGGGGCGCGCGCAGCGGCCUGGCCGCCUACUUCUUCCUGGGCCGGCUCCCUUGGUAUCGGCGCAUCCUCAAGGGCUUACAGCUGCUGCUGUCUCUCCUGGCCUUCAUCUGUGAGGAGGUUGUGUCCGAGUGUGGGCUGUGUGGAGGCCUGUACUUCUUUGAAUUUGUGAGCUGUAGCGCCUUUCUCCUGAGCCUUCUCCUGCUGAUUGUGUACUGCACACCAGUGUACGACAGAGUGGAUACUGGAAAAGUCAAGUCAUCGGAUUUUUACAUCACCCUGGGAACGGGGUGUGUGUUUCUGCUGGCGUCUAUAAUUUUUGUCUCUACCCAUUCUGGGACCUCAGCCGAAAUUGCUGCAAUUGUGUUCGGCUUCUUGGCAAGCUCAAUGUUCCUACUGGACUUCGUUGUCAUGCUGAGUGAGAAGCUGAGGGAGAACCCUCUGACAAAGCCGGAAAACAACGCCAGGGCCGAAGCCCUCACCGAACCCCUGAAUGCCUAAGACAUGGAGUGGGCGCUGUGACCCAAGAGAGGCUCCCUCCGUGUGACGUGUGUGACCCGUGUCAUGGGUGCACCCUUUGGAGAGAAGGGAAGGAGCAGGAGGACAGCUUUGUAGCGCUGGGCUGGUGGCGGCCCCAGCAGUGAGCUCAGAGGGUUUUUAAUAACUGUUGGAGCCUGUCUCAAAUGGAGGAGGUUUUAGUGUUUAUUGUUUGUUUGUUUGUUUGUCUGUUUGAGAGAUGAGGUCGCUGUCUCUGUGAAUUGCCUGUCUGUCUGUCAUUUUGCUACAGGGCGCCCCCCACCCCCAGGCUUAGCUCCCACUGUGCCUUUCCCUUCCUUUCAGGAGCUGGCUAAUUUCUGUUGUGUUGUCGGAGAUUUAAUCUGUGUUUAAGAUGCUGGUGUGGGCUUUUUGCUUAAUGUUAGGAUCCUUUCCUGUGUCUUACUCAGCCUUCCACUGAUGUGCUAACCUUUUAAAGCAAUUAUUCUUAAUUCCUUCUGAGCCAGGCAUGCGUUGCCUAAUUGGAGGUGUCUAGGCUGGUGCUGUUUUCGCACGCGAAUGACAGCUACAGAGCGUCAGCCUGGUGGCGGCUUUCACACUGCACUUUGGUCAUUGAGAAUAAGUUUAGAAGAAACCAAAGUUUAUUAUGGAACACAGGAAAGUGAGGAAACUGAUAGUCUAUCCGAAGACCAAAGAGAGAAGAGACUGCCCCGCACCCGGCUGUAAUCACACGGAUAGGCCCUGGCCGCUCAACAGAGAUGUGUUGGAGGGUGCCGUGCUCACACAUGCAGACUAGAGACAGUGCUCGAGCGAGCACAGCUCUGCAGCCUUCUCUUCAGAAGCCUAGGCUGGGAUCUCUAACCCACCAGGAUGCCUCCUUUCUGACUUUCUCCAGAAUGGUCCCGUGCGCUGGGUGUGCUGGGUACCGUCUGUGAGGGCCAACACUCACUCUCACUCUCAAUUCUCUUCCCAUUGUCAACUGUCUCCAGGCCAUCUAGAGUUGUGUCCCUUCUUGUCACCAAAAGUUUGAGGCAGGGGUAUCAGGUUCGUGUUCCCACAGGCCUCUGUUUGGGUUUCUCUCCAGGAGAGGUGUCUUGAGGAAGCGAAUCCUAGAACCCGGCUAGUGAGGACUGUUGGUGGUGUGGGGAGGCUGCAGACUUCUGAGACUUUGCUUGCUGCUGGAAGACUGUCUUAGAGCCAUUGGGCAUCUCCUGACCAGGGGGACCCUUCUUCCCUUCUUCCUUUCUUCCUAGACUUUGACCAAGACUCAGGUAUAUCAAGGCCUUCAGUGUUCUGGUGAAGGUUUCCCAGGCUGGGGUUUCUCUCUGAGGUGGUGUGAUUGUGUUUCCUGGGAUUCACUGUAAAGUCCCCCUCCUUUUCAGUGUCUUGUGUGCCAUUGUGUGUGGAAGAUGGUUUCAUGUCCUGAGUGAGUCUGUUGCAGUUCUUGGAAGUGGAUGAGUCUGGGCACACAGCUUCUGCUCUGUCCUGCCGCACUGCCUGAUCUGCUGGCCUCAGGGUUUACACGCUGGUGAUGUCACCACAGCUGCUUUGGAGAUUGUGAAACUAAUCAUGCAUGUUGCCUUACUGGGCGUGCCAUCUCAGAGGGGACAGUAGGCUCUUGAAACCAAGAAUAGAAAAAUUCUGUUUCUUGCAGACAGUCUUGGAGUUUGAUACCAAGCUGUACUAUAGGCACUGUAAAUAUCAUUUAGACCUGUUGAGAAUUAAUAGCAAACCUGGGCUACUUUAGUGUUACCAACUAUUAGUCUGCUGACUGUUACUGUAACAAAAUAUCUGAGACAAUCAACUCAUAGAGGAAGGGCUGAGGAGAGGGUUCAUCUUGGCUGGCAGUCUGCGCAGCUCCCGCCCUGGGCAGACCUAUUGCUUUACACAGCAGCACACCAUCACUGUCACUCAGGGAGCUUGUGGUAGAGCUGGACGCAAGGAGAGAAGGGCGGUGACCUGAGGUCCUGAGGUCUCGGAAGGGCACGCCCUCACUGACCUAAGGCCUCUCUAGGCCCUGCCACUAAAGGUUUCUGACCUCAGUAGUGCCAUCCUGGAGAACUAGUUUCUAAAGCUCAGGCCCUUGGGGACAUUGUGUCUCAGUGGGAGGUGCCUCUCGGCCUGUGUCUGGCUUGGUCAUGACUGACAGACACACUGGCCUGGCUCAGCCUCCAGCUGCGCGCUGGCGUUAGUUGUCCCACAGCUGAGGGCUCGCCCUCGGCUGCUCCAGGCCUUCAUUUAGGAAGGUCAUUUGGGCACUUGUGUCUGCGGCCACUCUUAGAGCUUUCUCUUUGGGGAACCUGUGACUGGUUUGGCUUCUGCAUUCUGUGGAGGGAGAUGGGGUUAAAGACUGUGGCACCAAACGCCCUCCGAAGAGCUGUGACCAGAGACCAUCAGGGCAGAAAGGACAAUGUCUUCUUUAGUAGCUGUGGCAGACUUGAGCAGCUGUGAUUUAUACAAAUUGUUUAGAAUGGUUUUUAAGACUUAGAAGGGAAAUACACUCUGCACAAGACUUUUAUAAUUACUAUACUUAAAUUAUGCUUUCUGUGGGGACUGGGAAAUGUAUUUUUACAUUGCUUAUACCCCAUCACUUUUGUAUUUGUUGAUUUAAAGCCUGUGGGUCUUUUUUUUUUUUUUAUCACUCUUAAUAUCGACUUUUAUAAUCUUUUAAAAUAAAUCCUCUUAAUUCCCGUG